CAUCUACUUUCCAUGCAAUUAUUAGCCAGCAGCUGGGACAUAAUUAAUAGCAAGGACCAGGCCCCUAGCUAUCUCAUGUUUCCUAUUCUCUCUUUUCUCAAUCUCAAGAAUUUGGAGGAAUAACAUUAGAACCAAUAAUUGGAGAAGAAGGAAAAAAAAAAAAAGUGUAUAUUACCCUCAUCUCUUUUCUCAGUCUCAAACACUCGGAACCAACACGACUCUUGUUGUGGUUUUUCUCUCUGAAAAUGAGCCAGUGUGUUCCCAGCUGGGAUCUUGAUGACAGUAGUCCACCGCCGAGGCUCUCUCUUCGUUCUCACUCCAAUUCCACCGCUCCUGAUGUUCCCAUGUUCGACUAUGAAGUAGCAGAGCUGACAUGGGAAAAUGGCCAGGUGGCCAUGCACGGCUUGGGUCUACCGCGCUUGCCUUCCAAACCUGCAUCCUGGGACAAGCCACGCGCUACUGGUACUCUGGAGUCCAUAGUCAACCAAGCCACCUGUACUUUGCCUCGGUUUUCCAAGCCUCCCUUUGAUAACACCAUCACUUCUGCCACUGGCGGUGGUGCUAACAAAGUAGUGACCUGGUUCGAUCAUCACUGUCGUGUUGCCACCUCCGGUGCUCCCUCCAACACCAUGACCAUGGACGCGUUGGUCCCUUGCAGGAACAACCAACCUGACGAACCAAACAGUAGCCUUAUGAUAGACUCUGUAGAUACCGUGCCAGGAGUGCUCGGCAGUUCUGGCACGGGCGUGAUCAAUGGGUGCUCCACUCGAGUGGGGUCGUGCAGCGCUACCGCGACCCACAACGAGGACACCCGCCGACUGGGAAAACACAAGGCGGGCGUUGCACGUGUACCUGCUACACCCGAGUGCAGAUCCCCCAGCGUGAGCGGUAGUGCCACGUUUGGGAUGGAUAGCCAGCAAGCCACACUUGAUACUAAGGGAAGCGACCGUGACUCAGUUUGUCACAGCAGACCACAGAGAGAGGAAAGCGACGAGGAGGAGAGAAAGAAGCGAAGUACUGGAAAAUCCUCAGUUUCUACAAAAAGGAGUAGGGCUGCUGCUAUACAUAACCAAUCUGAACGUAAAAGGAGAGAUAAGAUCAACCAGAGGAUGAAGACGCUGCAGAAGCUGGUCCCAAAUUCCAGUAAGACUGAUAAAGCUUCAAUGCUGGACGAAGUGAUUGAAUACUUGAAACAAUUGCAAGCUCAAGUCCAUGUGAUAAGCAGAAUGAACAUGCCAGCCAUGAUGUUGCCUAUGGCUAUGCAGCAACAACUUCAAAUGUCUAUGAUGGCCCCAAGAAAUAUGGGCAUGGGGAUUGGGAUGGGAAUGGGAAUGGGAAUGGGAAUGGACAUGAACAACAUCGGCCGCCCCAACAUAGGGGGAGUCCCUCCGGUUCUUCACCCAACUGCAUUCAUGCCCAUGGCUUCAUGGGAUGGCUCUGCCUGCGGCGCUGAGAGGUUACAAGCUGCUUCAACGACUGUGAUGCCUGAUCCCUUGCCAGCAUUUCUUGCAUGCCAAUCGCAGCCGAUGACCAUGGAUGCUUACAGCAUGAUGGCGGCCAUGUAUCAGCAAUUCCAUCAGCAACCAGCAGCAUCUAGUUCUAAGAGCUAAUAUAUUGGAUUUAAUUCAUGCUUGCUAGCUAACUAGCACAAAUAUCUUUAUUAAUGGCAAGAAAUGUAUAGACCUGAAUUGAUUAUAUCUUUCGGCUUAGUGUAUACUGAAUAUCAUUGGUAUUCUUUUAUGGGAACAUAUACUGAAUAUAUUUUUUACUGCAA